UCUACACGGGCAAGGUUGACAGCCCCCGCUAUCUUCUCUCCUAAAUCAGCAUCGGAAGUUGCAAAAGGGCUGAAGGUGGUUGAGUUUUUCAGCACUCCAUUUGCCAUUCGUAGCGGAGGCCAUACACCUCACCCUCAUUGGGCAUCAUGCAGCGAAGGGGUUUUAUUUUCCCUUCAGAACUUGAAUCGGAUAACACUGAACCCAACGAAAAAGGUCGUUCGGAUUGGUGCGGGAUGUCGUUGGGGUCAAGUCUACAAAGAAUUGAGUAAAUACAACCUGGCCGUUGCGGGAGGUCGCUAUGCAGACGUCGGUUGUGGCGGACUCCUCACUGGAUGUGGAACCUCUCCAUUUCUUGGACUAGCUGGAUUUUCCUCCGACGGCGUCCUGAACUUCGAGGUUGUCACUGGUGAUGGCCAGAUUAUCAACGCAAAUGCAACAGAGAACCCUGACCUCUUCUGGGCUCUCAAAGGUGGGUCAAAUAAUUUUGGGAUUGUCACUCACUUUGAUCUUGUUACAAUCGAGCUUCCAGAGAUGAUCUCGAGUGGGGCCCUCAUGUACACUGCAGACAAAAUCUCCAACGUCUUAGAAGCCCUUGCAGACUACCAGGAGCAAGAUUUUGAGAACAAUCUUGGGAGCGAGUUAGGACCAACCAUCAUCAAGGUACCAGCAAAGCACCUGCACGUCAUGGCCGUUGGGAUUUUUAACAACCAAUCCCAUGACGCUCACCCAAAGUACAACUAUGGCACAUUGACAGUACGGCUUUCGAAAUAUCUGUACCUAGACAUCGUCAAAGUCUUUGAUAAGACUUAUCAGGACAUUUUGCAAAUCCCCGGGUUAUGCUUGACUCUGGCCUUCCAGGCACUGCCAGUCAGCGCUAUCAAGGCUGGGAUCGCUAGAGGAGGAAACCCAACUGGACUGGCCGAAAUACCACAACUGAUCCUAUGUUUGGAUUCGGGCUGGUCCAAUGCUACAGAUGACGAGGCUGUCCUUAAUGCCGACCAGAGAUUUCUGGCCGAAGUUGAGGAGAUGGCUUCCGCCCGAGGGCUGCUAGAAUCAUAUAUCUGGAUGAACAACGCUGCAGAACACCAGCAUGUGCUAGCUCAUUAUGGAGUUGCCAACCAUCAGAAGUUGAGAGCUGUAUCGGAGAGAUACGACAAGAACAUGGUGUUCCAGACACUCUGCAGUGGAGGGUUCAAACUAUAG